CUGACGCAGACAACCAAACAUUAGCUAUAUCUGUACUGAAUACACUAAUGCAAACAAACAAACAAAAGCCUAUGCACGAAUCUAGCCUGUGCACAAAGAGUCUGGUUCCUUACAUACGAACCAGGCUACCACCGUACAACAACCAAUCACAUGGAUUGUGUGUGCAUCGAGGCACACACAUUCCUACAAAUUCCAUCUCUAUCUGUUGACCUUGCAUUGCAACAACCUCGCUCUAUCGGCAAGUCCCGAUGGGCGAUGGCCGGACAAGAGCAUCGCUGCCGGAGGAUCGUGCUGUUCCCGUUGCCGUUCCAGGGCCACAUCAGUCCUAUGCUCCAGCUCGCCGAGCUGCUCCAUGCGCGGGGCCUCGCCGUGACGGUCCUCCACACCGGCUUCAACGCCCCCGACGCCACGCGCCACCCGGAGCUCACCUUCGUCCCCAUCCACGAGUCGUCGUUCCCCGACGAGGUCACGUCCCUCGGCACCGACAUCGUCACGCAGCUCCUGGCCCUGAACGCCGCCUGCGAGGCGCCCUUCCGGGAGGCCCUCGCGUCGCUGCUCCGUGGUGGCCAGGACGUCGCGUGCGCGGUGGUCGACGGGCAGUGCUACUCGGCGCUGCGCGCGGCACACCGGCUGGGCGUCCCGGCGCUCGUGCUGCGGACAGACAGCGCCGCCACGUUCAGCAGCAUGCUCGCCUACCCACGGCUGCGCGACGCCGGUUUCGUUCCCGUCAAAGAGGAGAGGCUGGACGAGCCGGUGCCGGAUCUCGAGCGGCUCCGAGCGCGGGACCUGAUCCGCGUCGACGGCAGCGACACGGACGCGCUGUGCGGCUUCAUCGCCCGCGUCGCCGACGCCGUCCGGGCCUCGGCGUCCGGCGUCGUCAUCAACACGUUCGAGAGGAUGGAGGCGUCGGAGCUGGCCAAGAUCCAGCGCGAGCUGUCCCGUCCGGCGUUCGCGGUGGGGCCACUGCACUUGCUGUCCCAGGCACCGGCGGAGCAGAGCCUGCACGCGCCCGACCGCGGCUGCCUGGCUUGGCUGGACGACCACCCGCCGCGCUCCGUGCUGUACGUGAGCUUGGGAAGCGUGGCCUGCGUCGACCGCGGCGCAUUCGUGGAGAUGGCGUGGGGGCUGGCCCGCAGCGGGGUGUCGUUCCUCUGGGUUGUCCGGCCGGGCUUGGUCGGCGGCGUGCCGGAGGUUCCGCCGCUGCCAGAUGGGUUCAGCGAGGAGGUACGGAACAGAGGGAAGAUCGUCUCGUGGGCGCCACAGAGAGAGGUCUUGGCGCACGCCGCCACUGCUGCGUUCUGGACGCACUGCGGAUGGAACUCCACGUUGGAGAGCGUUUGCGAAGGCGUGCCCAUGCUUGUGCAGCCGUGCUUCGCGGACCAGAUGGUGAAUGCGAGAUAUGUCACGCAUGAGUGGGGUGUUGGGCUUGAGGUUGGGGAAGAGAUUGAGAGGGGCAGGGUCGCCAUGGCGGUGACCAAACUGAUGACCGGGGAAGACGCAGCUCAGAUGAGGGGGAGGGCUUACCAUCUCAAGAUACUUGCAUCUGCUGCUACUAGUUUGCCCAUAGAUAGCCUAAUCCAUUACAUAUCGUCCCUGUGAACUCCGAAAAUUUGUCAUGCCAAAUUGUCAAAUGCUAAUAUGUUGCAAACUUGCAAUCUGUCAGGAAUUUUAAGGCCUGUUUGGUUUGAGAGACU